AUGUCUACCAGCUCGGGAUUUGAAGGGAAGGUGUCCGUCACCUUCAUUGGUACCGCCACCGCCAUCAUCGACAUCGAUGGCAUCAAAUUCCUCACUGAUCCCUUUUUCUCUCCUGCCGAAUCAUUCGUUCAGUCACCGAACGUUACACUCAAAGUACACGAGAAUCCCGCACUCAACCUUCGGGAUCUCCCCCCCAUUGACGCUGUUCUUCUCAGCCACGAGGACCACUGGGAUAACCUUGAUGAGCUUGGCCGCCAACUUCUCGAUGGCCGCCGUGUUUUUACGACUCAAGACGGUUCCAGGAACCUUGCCCCUCGACCUGGUGUCGUGGGAAUGACCCCUUGGCAAACCGUCAGUGCCAAAAUAGGGGGCAAGAUCUUCGACAUCACAGCCACCCCGUGCGAUCAUGUCCCCGGAGAUGAGUGCGUUGGGUUUGUUAUCCGUGCGGAGUCUUUCGGAAUUUCCUCAGACGGCCGCCCAAACGCGAUCUACUUCUCUGGAGAUACGGUCUACGUACCUGAGCUGGCCCAACUCGCCACGCGUUUUCACAUUGCCGCCGCUCUUAUGAAUGUUGGAGAAGCUCGUGUCCAGAUAGAGGCCCCGCUCGCCCCCAAGCGCCAGAUCACCAUGGGUGGGAAACAGGCUAGCCAGCUAUUCCGAGACAUCAAAUCCGACUGGAUCAUUCCGAUGCAUUUCGAUUCUUGGGAUCAUUUCACGCAGCACGGAGAGGAUUUGCGCUCUGAAUUUGAGAAAGAGGGGGUUUCAGAGAAGGUCAAAUGGCUUCUUCCCGGGAAGGCGGUUCGAGUUGUGUAA